UGUCUCUUAUUUACGUAGACAGACAACCGGUUGUGUAUUUUCUGUAUUAUUAUUACUAUUCCGAUUGUUGCUAUGUCGUACCCCUUAUUGAACACAACCAGACUAAACAAACACUUCAUAAAUCACCUCCGCGGUGCACCUCUCCGCAGAAAAACCCAGUUAAGUUGUACUUCAUCACGACAUAAACAAGUUGUAAAAGUCAACACUGUUUACAAGCAAACUCAUCAAGUUUAAUUAGCAUCCAACGUACAUCCGCAUCGAGUUUAUUUGAUCGGUUUUUGUCCAGCGACUUGGCUGUCUUUUGGCACCGGUCCAAGUUUACGCAAAUCUCGAAAUAACUCCGACGCAUAUGAUUCUCAAUAGUUCAGUCACCGUCGCCAUGAAUAGACGUCGGUAUUUCCGCAGCUCCUUGCGCAGCAGAGAGUCUUCGACCAGUGAUAUCGACCCUCGCGAGAAAAUCAAAGACUACUUGAGGAAAUUCGUCGCAUUUAUGUGCUCCCAAGUCGGUGUGGGGGCCUUGGUGGUUUGCUACACCAUAAUCGGCGCAGUGGGCUUCAGUCGAAUCGAGUCCCGCUACAACGACACGAUAGGGGACACAGUCAACGAAAUCCGGAGCAACUAUUCAACAGAACUGUGGUUCGUGGCCGAAAGAUGGAACGUUUUUAACAAAACGGCGUUCUAUCUGGACACGAACGAAAAACUGAGGAGUUUCCAGAACGAAAUGGUCGUGGUUAUUAAAAAGGGGUACCAUGGUCCGGAUUCCAACACUAAGUGGACUUUCCCGGCCGCCUUGAUGUUUUGUUUGAGCAUAAUCACGAUGAUUGGGUACGGGAAUUUGGUACCGAAGACCAGUUGGGGGAAAUUCGCAACGGUGGUGUAUGCGGUGAUCGGAAUCCCGUUAUACGUUCUCUAUUUUUUAAACAUGGGUGAAAUCCUCGCUGGGUGUUUCCGAUGGGUGUACACAUGGUUGUACGAAUGCAGCACCCGCAAGAACGAAAAAAUUCAGCGCAGGAUUGUGGUACCCACGACGGCGUGUUUGUGGGUCAUGGGUGGCUAUGUUUUAAUAGGGGCUUUAAUGUUUUCGGCGUGGGAACAGUGGACGUAUCUAGACAGCGCCUACUUUUGCGUUACGAGUCUUUGUAAAUUGGGUUUGGGGGAUUUCGUGCCAGGGGCGGCUUCCAAAGAUGGGAACGAGUCGAAAUUGGUUAUCAAUUUUAUUUAUAUUUUAGUGGGGUUGGGGUUGGUGGCGAUGUGUUUUAAUUUGAUGAGGGAGGAAGUGAGGGUGAAAGUGGAGGAGUUCCGGGAGGAUUUCAGACAGUGCUUGGAGGAUACGAGGGUUAGAAUGUUCGAGUGUUGCAGGAAGUACAAGGAAGAAGAGUUUUGAGGUGGAGUGGCGCGAUUUAAAAAUAUUAACAUUUUUGGUGUUGUGGAUUUUCAAACGGGACUAUUUCGGUGUUUUUUUAUUUUUGGGUGUGCACAUUUUUGGAUUCGUUCCAGAUUGUACACG